GAGGUGGUGGUGGGCGGAGAAGUCCACAGAAUUGGAACUCUGUCCUCUCAAGUAAGGUGUCUGACCUGGGAAGGGGACUGGAGCGCUGAAAUUGCCACGGUGGCUGCAGAAAGAGGCCGGAGGGGAGUUUAUGGCAAGAUUGUGCUCACAGUGUGUGAAGAGGAUGACACCAGCGUCUUCAGCAGCACCCCUCUGGUGCAGAGGAAGCGUCUGUUUCCAGAAAAGCACAAUGAGACGGAUCUGUCCAGCACGCUGCACCAGAGCACUCACGAUGAAACGUUGAGACAAACAGGGGACGAGUGGUAAUCCACGUUUUUAUUUCUUACUUUCUGGUCGUUCUGAUGUGUUACAGUUGUUGUUGUAAUGCAAAUCCUUCCAGAUAACUUCCCAAUCGUCAUUCCUGGGUGACAGUGUUUGCGAUGGGGAGAUCCAAGUGAAUAAAGUCGACACCAGUGACUCCACUGUCGGGAAGAAACCCCCGCUGUGGCCCACGGAUAAGACCCCCAGACGUGCCGUCAUUAGCAAGAGACGUCACCUGACGUGGAGCUCUGAGGACAUGGACAGUCUCGCUGAGGACGUAGACCAGGCUUCAACCCCCAAGAAGAAGCUGAGGCUGUCCAGGAUGAACAGCCAGGAAGAAAUGACGGUGCAGAUAAAGACCGAGAACAGAGCAGUUUCAGCGUGCCCGUCCAAGCGCUGGAGCCACACCAUGUGUCUGAGUGACCCUGACAGCGCCGUCCUGAUCGGAGGAGAAACAUCAGAUCAAAACUAUUGCGAGGACUCGCUGUGGAAGCUCGAGUUAGACAGUGACUUCUGGUUCCCGAUGAACUCGUGUGCUGCCGGACCUGUACCGCCGUGUGCCCGAGGCCACACCGCCACCUACGACCCGGACUCUAAGGCGGUCUUCGUGUACGGAGGCCUGAGGGAGGGUCAGCGCUACAGCGAGCUGUACAUCCUGAACACUGUGACCUGGAAGUGGAAGCUUGUCACUGCAAAAGGGAAUGUUCCAAAUUUAGCUUAUCACUCUGCAGCUUUCUACAAGAAGGAGCUUUUUGUCUUUGGCGGAAUCCAGCCAAGUCAUUCCUCUGGGGAUAGUCCCUGCAGCAACGCUCUGUACAUCUUCAAUCCAGAGUUUGAACUCUGGUACCAGCCCAUUGUGGAGGGGGACAAGCCUCUGCCUCGGUUUGGGCACUCGGCCACGCUCCUCUCUCAGAAGUUGGUCAUAUUUGGUGGACGGAAGACUGCUGCCUACCUGAACGAUCUCCACGUUUUAGAUCUGGGAUUCAUGGAGUACACAGCUGUGAUGUGUGGGAGCAUGCCACCACUGCCUCGAGGGUUUCAUGCAGCACUUCCAGUUUCUGACAACAGGAUUUUAAUCAGUGGAGGCUGCAGUGCAAUCGGAGCCCUGCAGGAUGUUCAUAUCUUUAACACUGACACCAGUAUGUGGAGCUCAGUGGUGUCUCCGCUGCUUUGCUCGAAGCCUCGCGCCGGACACAGCAUGUUAAAUUUGGGCUGCACCGUCCUAACAGACACCGAGAAGCAGGAACAGGGUGAAAACAUUAAUAUCCGCUGCACGUUGCUGGUGUUCGGUGGGUCAGACUGCUCCGGUUCCUUCUACAACGACACAGUCAAGUGCACAGUGGAGAUUCCUGGUGACAAGUGAUCACAUUCAAACGGGGGCAGAUGAUGUGCUGUGACAGAAAAGUGUUUCCUCUGCCUGUCUUUUUUUUUUUUUCUGAUAAUUUUAUUGUGAUUUUUGUGUCUGUGCUGCGAUUACUUUAUUGCACGAGUCUUAAACAACCAUCCAUGCAGUAUUGUGCAAGCGUUAACCUCACAGGUUUGCAUAACAAAUCCGUUUCACACAUGACUUCACGUCCUCUUGCCCAAACGUCAGCAUGAAUUUGAGGCUCACGUGCUGGACUGCGUGACUUAAACACGAAAUUUCAUAUCAAAAUGCUAAUAAACAUUUUUAACUAAAA